AUGAUCGGCGACUUCCCAGAAAGCAAUAUCUUUCCCGUUGACCAAGAUUUUUAUCAAGACCUUGAAGAAGUACCAUUGCUUGUACGUAGUAGAGGUGAUCCUUUAUUUCAUAACGCUCCUUUUAAUCCUCUCUAUAGUGGUGGUGAAACGGUAGUCCAAAGAAUGGAGGAGGGUAUGGGUAACGGCAGUGCUGGGGCUGGUACUGGUGGCGGUGUUGGGGCUGGUAUUGGUGGCGGUGCUGGUGAAGAUGGAGGUUACGUGCGAAAAGCAAAAUGGUGGAAGAGGUUUUUGGCCUGGUGUAAAAAACUAAGAAAUAAAUAUCUUAGACGCCGUUCUAGAAAGUAA